ACAAUUUCCCCGUCACUCGACGGAGUCAUGGAGAACGUCUCUACUGAAUACAUUCAGAGCGUCGUGCCAGGUGAUGAGGGUGAUGAGAAGUUUAAGAAAAAUGACGACAUCUUAUUCUACAGGCGACAGAAAGAUAAAGCAGUGAUUCAGUACUUUGCCUUCUUGGAGACUUUAGUACUAACAGAUAGAGGGGUCAGUCUGGAGCUCUGUAAGCAAGACUCUCAGGACUGGCUGUGUCUUCAAAUAUGGGCGACCCAAAAUGGAAUGGUCAGAGUUUCUAUCGAUGAACUACAGCCAAUAAAACCACGGUACCAGGUUUCAGACGUUCUGAUUGGAGAGCUGAAAUAUGACCGGCUUCGAGUUCAAUGGAAGAGAGAAAGCUGUGUGUGUCUAACUUGGGGUCUGGGACAGUACCAGCUCCUCAUUUCAGCUUCACCUUUUAGACUGGAGGUUUCCUGUGAUGCAGAAGAGAUUGUCACACUCAAUCCAGGAAACAGACUUUACUUUGAGACUCUGCAGGAUCCAACAAAAAAGUCAUCUUCGAGUUCAUGUCAGGGUGAGGAAGAUCCAUAUGUACUGUGGAAGGAAACAUUCAGAAAAUUUCAGGACAUCAAGGCAAACGGUCCCAGUUCUGUGGGUAUGGACAUACGUCUCCAUGGAUUCAGCCAUACAUAUGGUCUUCCUGAACAUGCCGAUACUCUGCUGUUAAAGGACACAAGUGUCACAGAGGCAUAUCGGCUGUACAACUUGGAUGUGUUUGCCUAUGACAUCAAUAGCAGGUUGGGCCUUUACGGCUCUGUUCCUCUCCUGCUUGCCCACAAGCCAGAGAAAACCAUUGGAGUGUUCUGGCUGAACGCGUCUGAGACUCUGGUUGAUAUCCAGUACAAUCCAAAAUCAAACAAGGAAGAGGAUGAACCGUCAGGGAAGACAAGGAAGAUCACCCCUCAGACUGAUGUUAGGUGGAUAUCAGAGAGUGGUGCAAUCGACUGUUUUAUUUUGCUGGGACCCACACCUGCCCAUGUGUUCUCUCAGUACGCUCAACUUACAGGUUACCAGGCUCUUCCUCCACUCUUCUCUUUGGGAUAUCAUCAAUGCCGCUGGAACUACGAGGACGAGGCAGACGUGAAAGCUGUGGAUGCUGGAUUUGACCUCCACAGUAUUCCCUAUGAUGUCAUAUGGUUGGACAUAGAGCACACAAAUGGGAAGCGCUAUUUCACCUGGGACUCCAAGCUCUUUCCCAAUCCAGCAGAACUACAGCGCCACCUGCAGGAGAAGAAGAGGAAGUUGGUGGUUAUAAGUGACCCUCACAUCAAGAUUGAUCCUGACUGGUCAUUUUUUUGUGAAGCUAAAGAAGGUGGCCAUUUUGUGAAGAACAGAGAAGGUGCUGUGUAUGAAGGAACAUGUUGGCCAGGUGAAUCCUGUUAUCUGGACUUUAGCAGCUCAAAGACGAGGUCAUGGUAUGCCAGACAGUUCUCUCUAAACACAUAUGAAGGGUCAACUGAAUCUUUGUUCGUGUGGAACGACAUGAAUGAACCUUCUGUCUUUAAUGGGCCAGAGCAGACAAUGCCAAAAGAUGCAGUGCACCAUGGAGGUUGGGAGCAUAGGGAGCUACACAACCUGUAUGGGUUUUAUCAGCAUAUGGCUACAUUUGAAGGAUUAUUAACCCGUUCAGGUGGCAUGGAGAGGCCGUUUGUGCUUUCACGCUCUUUCUUUGCUGGGUCUCAAAGAUUGGGUGCAAUAUGGACUGGGGAUAAUGUUGCUACUUGGGAGUACUUGAAGAUUUCAAUACCGAUGCUGCUGUCGCUGAGUUUGACAGGAAUACAGUUUUGUGGAGCUGAUGUAGGAGGCUUCUUUCAGGAUCCGGAUCCUGAGCUGCUGGUCCGCUGGUAUCAGGCAGGGGCUCUCCAGCCAUUUUUCAGAGGACAUUCAGCUAAAGUCACCAAACGCCGUGAACCAUGGCUGUUUGGGAAUGAUGUCACCUCUGCAGUCCGUUCUGCUAUUCAGCAGAGAUACUGUCUCCUGCCGUACUGGUACACUCUGUUUCACCAAGCACACACAUCAGCCCUGCCUCCAAUCAGACCUCUUUGGAUAGAGUUUCCUAAAGACCCAAGCACAUAUGCUGUGGAGAACCAGUACAUGAUUGGCAGUGCACUCCUUGUGUGCCCUGUGACUGACCCUGGGGUCACAGAAGUCAAAGUUUUGCUGCCAGGGUCUGAUGAGCUGUGGUAUGAUGCAAACACCACUGAGGUACACAAAGGAGGCAGAACUGUGGAUUUCCCAGUGACUCUGAGCACAGUACCCGUGUUCCAGCGUGGGGGGACAGUGGUGCCUAGGAGAGCAGGUUGUGGGUCGAGUACAGCUGACUUACAGCAGCAUCCAAUAACUCUCACUGUGGCCCUGGACUCUAAGGGCAAUGCUGAUGGACUUCUCUAUCUAGAUGAUGGCCACUCUUUCAGUUACAGAGACAGGAUGCAAUUCUGCUUGCGCCGUUAUAGCAUGCGGGCAGGCAAACUUGUCAGCAGCUGUGCAGAUGAUAAAGGCUUGUUUGUCUCAGAUGACAAAGUGGAAUCAGUGGUCAUUCUUGGUCAGAAUAGUUCGAAAAGGAAACCUAAGCUCAAAUCAGGUGCAAGAAAGACUCCAGUCAUGUUUAGGUUUGAACCAAAACAACGUGUACUGACUUUGAGUGGCCUGGGCCUGGGAAUACACCAAGACUGGGAAAUAACAAUAUAGUGGAUCUUUUAUUUUUAAAAUUGUAUUAGUUUUAUUUUUUAUUUUUUAUGUUUUGUUCAUUAAAACAAAGCAGCCAAUAUUUAAUGCAGUUUUUAAUGAAAAAUGGAAUAUAAGCCAUUUUUCCUUUGCCAGACUUAAAUGAAAUUGUAAAUUAUAACAUUAUGGCAUGAUAUUUUGUUUUCAAAAUAGACAAAAACUUGAUUUGGAAAAGAAAACACUUGAUUUCUAAAUAAAGAAUU